CUUUUUCAUUAUCUCCCUUGCAAUGUUCUUAAUAAUUAUAAUUAUUACUUCAAUUCCCCACAACUUAAUAUCUUAGCUACCUGUAUGAAUUAUGAUUAACUCAUCCAUGAACCACAAAAAUCUUCACGGCGGGGAGGAUGAUGAUAGAAAAGAACCCAUCAACAGAUAUAUUACUAUUUAUAGCGGAGAGGAAGGCGGCGAGGCAAAAGAACGGCCGGCGGGGGCGGUGGAGGAGGGCGGCGACAUCCCGGCGAGGGAGCGGCUGAAGAGGCACCGGCGGGAGGUGGCGGGGCGGGUGUGGGUCCCGGAGAUGUGGGGCCAGGAGGAGCUUCUCAAGGAUUGGGUGGACUCCAGCUGCGCUUUUGAUGCCUCUUGGAUGAACGCCAGCAUUAUCUUAGCUCGUUCCGCUCUGGUGGAAGCCGCCGGCAGAACAACGCCGCCGCAGCAGCCUCGCCGUCCCGCUUCCGCCGCCACCAGAUAAAGAUCAAUAAUAGACAACACUUGUUAGUUUGUUUAAGAAGUACUACAAUAUAAUAUUCUUUCUUUCUUUUGGUUAUUCCACUCUUCUUGAAUUUAGUUGUUUGUUUCCAAAAUACUUUAGAUUCAAGUCUGUCUGUAACUAAAUAAAAUCCAGCUCUCUUUGCCACAACUUUCAACCUUAUUUUAAGGGAUAAAAAAUGCUAGAAUGCCACCAAAAGAUUGUUACCUUUGCACCGUUAAUUAUUAUCUAUGUCGCACAGAUGAUUAUCAUCUGUGUUAUCUGUGCGAAACUUGGAUGCACCAUU